AGAACGGACAGACCAGUUUGUAGUGGCCAGGGCACGAAGUACCAAACCAAAACAUGCCCAUCAAGCACACAUACCAGUUCUGAGGCCACUGUCUUGUGUCUGCGGGGAAGGGCGUGUCUCGGUUUGAGUUUGCAAGCGCAUCGCUGAUUGCGCCAGCGUUCAGAGGCUCGCCGAGGAUCGAACUGUGCCCUGGACUAAGGUAAGAUCAGAUCCAUAGAUCACUCUGCGCUUGCCUGGCCCGAGACAGCAAAUGGGCCGAUGCAAGCGAGGGCCCGGGGCUGGCGGCCAAGAAACGCGAGGAAGCGAGCGGGACAUAUGAGGGGGUGGUGGCACUCGGGUCGUUGUUGUGGAAGGGGCCAAGCAGGCACAUACGCAACCGGCACCUGCCGUGCCACAAGCCCUCUCCGGGCAAGACAGAUGGCGCCCGCACUUGCACCUCUCUCUCUCUCUCUUGAAGACCUGCCCUACCAAUACCCCCUCGUCCUGCCCGCUUCUCUACCACAGCCUCUCUCUCUCUCUCUCUUUUUCUCUUGGUACUCACCCUCUUGCCUACUCCCCACACCACGCACAGCUCAACCAUCGGCCAAUUGGCCCUUUCACCAGCAACUCACGAUACUUUGGCAACACGAGCACCGCGUCCAACGGCACAUUGGCACGGUUUGCCGUCAAUCCCCGCCCGAAAGACUCACCCGCCUGGCUUGGACACUCCAACGGUGUUGCUUGAAUUCUUGGAGCAUGAGUGCACUAGCACAUCGGCGAACCACCACCCUGUCGAGUCAGGACUCGACAGUAGCUCCCGCCUCUCGAGCUUGAGGUUCUCUGGACGGCAAACACGCCUACCCGUCCAAUGGCCCGCCUCGAUAUCAAUGCCACGACCUUCAUGGCAACCACAGGAUG